GAUUGAUUUUAGAUUUGCAUUUCUGUCUGUAUGUUUUCAGUGUGUGUGGCCUCACGUCCUGGCUUUGUAACUAACUGUAUUUAAGAGCCGGUCUUUGUCUUGUUCAGCAGCUCCACACAGGACGGCUGAAGCUACGCGCUGUAACUGAGAAGGACGAAGAGAAGAUCAUUCUGCAGCAGGACAUCAUCAUCUCUCACAUCUGCCACAUCUCUACCAUGAAGAUGCUGACUGUGUCCGUGUUUGUAUGUGCCAUGAUGGCUCUGACUCGAGCUACUCCUCUUCCAGAAACAGAAGACGAGCCUGUGACACAGGAAAUUAUGGUUGAUCCUCUUCCAGAAACAGAAGACGAGCCUGUGACACAGGAAAUUAUGGUUGAUCCUCUUCCAGAAACAGAGGACGAGCCUGUGACACAGGACAUUAUGGUUGAUCUUUAUACAGAUGGAGACAUCUGGACUCCAGUUCCAACUCCAGUAAUAGAUGAACCCUGGCUUCCAUCUUGUCCUGAUGGUUGGACUACAUUCAGUAUUCGUUGUCUCCGCUACGUUGCAGAAAGCAUGACUUGGGAUGAAGCUCAGGAAAACUGCCGGUCCAUGGAUGGAAACCUUGUAUUUGUAGGCGACGCUGAGUCCUUUGAUGACGUUCAUGAGCUGAUUCAGAGUGCCGGCGAUAAUUCUGGAAACAUAUGGGUUGGAGGCUGUGAUACAGAGGAUCUUUCUUGGUCCUGGAGUUUUUAUGACUGGACAUCUGAUGAGCGUGAGCACUUCUGUUUUCAACCCUCUGGAGAAAACGUGUCGGGGUGCUUGAAUGAAAUGCAGUGCGAUUCUCAUCUCCCAUCAGUCUGCAGCGUUAUUCUCAUGUGAUUCCUGGGCUGAAACAGAGGCAUGAUCCGUCUGGAAAAAGCACAAACACUGGCCGAUGUGUAUUUCUGCCAUCACUCUCAUAUAUAACCUGAAGCCUCGGAAUCUCAUUUGACAUCUCUCUUUCUUUUCUAUUGCUAUAACGCUACGAAGGAGGAUCGAAGCGACAAGUGACAUAAACUGGCUGGAUGGUCUCUGAGGCUUUGUGCCUUUAAUAAGAGCAGACUGAAUGAGUUAUGAAAAGAAGGAUUUUAGCAUGGCUUUACUCUGCAGCGUGAACUGUUCUUUCUUGUCUUGUGCAAAUUAAAAAGCUUAAGCACUGAAAAA